GAGCGGCCCGCCAGGAGCUCCAGGCUCCUCCUGCAUCCAUCCACCUUCCGCUCCGUGCUGCGCGCCGUGUCGCGCCGUCCUCUGCAGAGUCUGGAGACGGGAGCGGCACGAGCGCAGAAGAGCGGAGCGCAUCGUUGAAGAGUCAUCGGUGCAGGAGGAGCAGGACGGAGGAAAGAAAGAGGCGCUCAUCGUCGUCAUCCGCGUCGUCCUCUUCAUGUGAGCCCCACCGAGAGACUGGCGUUCCCCCUCGGGGGUGGGGCCAUGCUCAUUGGACGAUGUCGGGGGACUGGGAUGAAGACCUCUGCAAGAAAGCCCUCGUGCUGGUGGAGGAGCUGUGCUUCCACGCACCGGGCGGCUACAGCCACAACGAGCGCUGCCAGGAGUUCAGCUACAUGCUCAGGGGCCGCAACCGUCAGGUGGACACAGAGAUCUCUGUGAGCCUGCUCUCCGUCAUCGUGACGUUCUGCGGCAUUGUCCUGCUUUCAGUUUCCCUCUUUGUGUCCUGGAAGCUGUGCUGGCUGCCAUGGCGAGACAAGGAGGGUGGGGGGCUCAGCCUGACCUCUGGCCUCCUGCCAGGGGGCACCGGCCUGGGAAGCUCCUCGCUGCUGCCCCCCCUCCUGCACAGGAAAGACACACACUCCUCCUCCUCGCUGUACCCCUCGCUUUCUCAGCCCAGCCAGCACCACCCCCACUUCUCGGACCUGCUGGGCAUGGAGAGGGGUGACAUUGUGGCGGGGGGGCCGGAGAGGACCCCCGCUGGAGGCGUGUUAGGUGGCGCACAGGAGAUGCAGGAACACGCCUACCUGGACAUGGACUGCUAUCCCAGCUCAGCUGGAGGGGGGCUCAAGCUGAGCCAGACGUCCCCAGAGCUCCCCCCGGUGUCGGAGUGCGGCGCCGCCCUGCAGGCCCACAGGGAACUGCCCAGCGCUCACUCUCAGCACCAGGUCUCCAGCCGGCCUCGGCCCAUGAGCCACCAGCUCUCGAGCCCCGAUUUCCACGGUGACGAGAAGAGUGAGCAGGUGACGAGCAUCGGCCAGAUCAAGCCGGAGUUGUACCGACCGCGGCAGGCGGAGCAGGAGGAGGGCAAGGGGGAGGGCACCUGUGGAAAAAUCAGCUUCCUCCUGCGCUACGCCUUCAACACGGAGCAGUUAGUUGUCAAGAUCCUGAAAGCGCUCGACUUACCGGCGAAAGAUGCCAAUGGCUUCUCGGACCCCUACGUCAAGAUCUACUUGCUGCCAGACAGGAAGAAGAAAUUUCAGACUAAGGUCCACAGGAAGACUCUGAAUCCCAUUUUCAACGAGACCUUCCAGUUUUGUGUGCCUCUAGCUGAACUUCCCUCCCGCAAGCUGCACUUUUCUGUGUACGACUUUGACCGCUUCUCGAGACAUGACCUCAUUGGGCAGGUGGUGGUGGACAACCUCCUGGACUUCAGUGAGGGGACAGGAGAGAAGCCCGUGUGGAGAGACAUCAUUGAGGGUACAGCGGAGAAGGCUGACCUGGGAGAGCUGAAUUUCUCACUGUGCUACCUGCCAACUGCCGGCAGGCUCACGGCCACCAUCAUAAAGGCCACCAACCUGAAGGCCAUGGACCUCACCGGCUUCUCAGACCCCUACGUCAAAGCAUCCUUGAUCUGUGAGGGACGGAGACUGAAGAAGAGGAAGACAUCCAUCAAGAAGAACACCCUCAACCCCAGCUACAACGAGGCUCUGGUGUUCGACAUCCCUCACGAGAAUAUUGACAGCGUGUCGCUCAUCAUUGCUGUCAUGGACUACGAUUGCAUUGGCCACAACGAGGUGAUAGGAAUGUGUCGGGUGGGCGGCGAUGCUGAGGGGCCUGGCAGGGAGCACUGGGCAGCCAUGCUGGCCAACCCUCGAAAGCCCAUUGAGCACUGGCACCAGCUGGUGGAGGAGAAGACCAUGAACACGUAUGUGUCCAAGAGUGCCACGGCCUCCAAUAAGCCCCACAUCGUGGUGGACAGCCCUCACUCAGAGUAGCGGGGGACAGACAGAGACCUCCUGUGUGCGCCCUGUUCCCCGUGUCCCGGUCCUGUCCUUGUCUGUGCUUCCCUGUCCGUCAAAAAGAGACACGGUCGGAUGUCCACAGGAGCUUCGUUGCCCUUCGGUUCUUUGGUUCUGCUUCUAUGAACAAAGCUUCUUGACAAGAAAGGAGGAGUAUGAUGUCAUCUCAGGAGCCCAGAGCAACCUCAGCAGGCGAUGAAUGUGAAUCGUCAUGCACACACACACACACACACACACACACACAUACACAUGCACACACGCACCAUUACCUGUUGGUAGUGUUUUUUUCCCCCAGGAUGUGUGUCUUGUCCACUGACUGGUGAGUUGUCCACACAUUCCUUACAGCGCUGGUUUCUCCUUUGUCCAACAUGUCCCACAACCUUGCUUCAUUCAUUCUUCCUCCCACUGCCUGCAUUCUGAGACUGACUUGCUGACACGGUCGUCUGUUUUCGGAUGUCCCCCCACCGUCCCCCGCGUGGGUCAUGCUCACAGCGCUCGGACAUCUGAUGGAGAAACGGGAAGAACAUGUUCCUUCUGCAUCUACAUCUUCAUCGCAUGGCACCAGCAAGUCUAUCCAGCACCUUCAGCACAUUUACAGACCCGUUUUUAUCCAUGCUGUGAAGCAGCUUUGUUCAAGCAGCUUCCUGUGUGUUCGCCGUGGACAUAACAGAGGAAUUGAGCGCUUGCAGCAGGUCCCCUGUCCUCACUCGCUGUCCCUCACGGACUCUGCUGGACUUCUCUGCGUAGGAUGCUGGUGGACUCUGGGGUCUGUGACCAUGUGGACAGGGUCACAUGCAGGUCUGAGGGUGAGGCUGUGCUGCUCUGCUCCGCCAGGACAUAUUUUGGACAGGCGACUUCGUAUGAAAAGGGGGGCCUGAGCUCCGUGUUCCUUGACGUGUGUACCUGUGUCUGAUUUCUCUCCGUACUCGUGCGUCUCCGUGCCUCUUGGUGUGUUGCUCUGCUGUGACCUUGUUUCCUUGUGUGCGACACGCGUGUCGUGUUCUCGUUGCCCUCUCCGACGUGUCUCCCUUCGUGUCGGCUCUGUGUCCUAGAGGGCCCUGUGUGCCUGUAGAGCUGUGUACUGCUGUGUGUGUAGAGGUCAGUGUGGCUCAGAGUCAAAGCAGAGCCAACGGCCGCAGCGUCUCAGGACCGAACCAUCGAGCUAGGCCGCUCUGAGUCAAAGGUUAGUGCUGGAACCCGGGCGUCGAGGUAUGGGCGCAUCAUGCUGCCUUCCUCCACUGGACAACGCCAGGUGGACGUGGUUUUGGAAACACGUGCAUCCCGUUUGCCACACUGCAUGUGGACAUGUUUACAGCAGCACGACUGUUGUUCAUUCCAUGCAGGGAUCGUCACGAGUCCUUCUGUAAGAACAGUGUGAGCGGCCUGGUUCUCCUAUCGAGGGUGAUGGUGAACAGUUUCCAUGGCAACUAUAGUCUAGCUGCUGUAUUCCCGAGUGCUUUCCCUUUCCUUUUCAAGGGACUUUCUCAAAGCGGAAACGAGCUCUCCGGGUUUUGCUAACGGGUGCGAAUGGUUGGCGCUCGGCCGAGAACAAUGCUGACGGUGGCUGUGACCAACCUGCAAUAAAGGAAAUGUGGAGAAAUGGCCUUGUGUGUGAGUGUGCGUGUCCACGCUACGUCACACAUCGUCACGACCGGCACUCUACACUUAAUAAGAUUUCACAGUACUUGUAGCUGCCAGUCCUGGCUCUUUAUGCUCAGUUCUGUUCCCAUGAUGCUCUUCUUCUGCCCACCUGCUGCGAGUUACCACACACCUGACACAUACUGCUUUCUGCACAAAGAAAUGUAUGCGGGAAUGAAAGACACCAAGUGGCAGCACCUCCUCGCAGUGACUUGCUUAAAAAAUUAGUAAAAUUCGGCAGGACGAGCAAGGGACUCGUGAGCGACGUCUCGCUCUCUCACUGCGUUCCUCUUGGAAAUGGUGCAGGGGGGCAGGCGGUGCGAGUGCUGCGUGGCGGGAUGCUGGCCAGGUGCAGACAGGAGGCUAACGCACUUACAUUAUUUAUGACCAUGGGUGCUGUUUCCAUAAAAAGCACUCCCUGUGUGUUUAAAGAAAAUCACUUAUUUGGAAAGGCAGAGAUGCAGUGCAGAGAGGCGUGAACGAGAGGGGGGAGAAUGAGAGAGGGGGCCAGAGAUGGGGGGAGAACGAGGGGGGUUGGGGAAAUAAAGGCACCUGCAUCCUCAGCUGGAGGGAAACUGAGAAAAAUGACAAUAAGCAAAACAGAAAGUGUCUGUUGAGGAAGCCACACAGCGGUGCAAAGAUGUGUACUUGUGUGUGGCUCUGAGGCUCUGUGUGCUGGACAGCUCCGUAGACAGAGUGCGCUAUUGAAGAACAGGUACGAACGAGAGUCUCGGUGCUGCUCUUGUUUACUUCACAAAGACCGCGGUGUUACCGCUGUACGCGAGGCCCCGGUUCGGAAACUCGGUUUGAAAUGAGUAAAAGGCGCACGAAAGACACACGGCUUC